AUGCAGUGUGGAAACGGCAGCUUGGCUGCUGGGCUGCUCUGUAUUUGUGUUUGGAUGAUGGGACCUUUAGGCCAGCCUGUGGGAAACACGGAGAACAAGGCAACACCAACCCCUGAGAUGGCAGCAACAUCAACAAACACCCCGAAGACGGAGAGGAAACCAACAACUGGCCCCAAGAUCUCUGUGCGUCAGUCGCAGUCUCUGUGCGCUGGCGAGCAGGACUUCAUCCUGAUGAGGAGAGCAGCUGUUGUGGAGUCGCUCAGCAGGCUGGGAGUCAGCAGCACUCAGGACUCGGUUCCCCAUGUUGCCCUGCUGGGGUCAGGAGGGGGGCAGAGAGCAGCGGUGGCUCUGCUGGGUUCCCUUUACCAGAUGCAGGAAGAAGGUCUGCUGGACACUGUGCUCUACCUCGGGGGAGUUUCUGGCUCCACAUGGUCCAUGGCGUCCCUGUACAGCGACCCCUGGUGGAGCAGCAACAUGGAGCGAGCGAUGUCCAGGCUGUCAGGACCUGAUGUGAGCCUGGAUGAAGCUCUGGCCUGGCUGGGCCAGAGGGCCAAGGGGGAGGACUUCUCCCUCAGCGACAUCUGGGGAGUCCUCACCUCCGCUGGGAUCAUGAAACAGCUGGACUUGCGUCGUCUUUCUGAAGACUCUGACAGGAAUGCCACCAACCCUUAUCCCAUCUACAGUGCUGUAGAGAGGAGCUGCCAUCAGGCUGGCCCCACAAGAGGUAAAUGGUUUGAGCUGACUCCUCAUGAGAGUGGCUUCACAGAGCUCGGCCUCUUUGUGAACACAUCCCGUCUGGGCAGCACACACCUGGAGCCCGAGCUGCAGAUGGACAUGGUCAGCCUGCAAGGUGUAAUGGGCAGCACCUUGGCAGAUGAACAGAUCCUGGUAAACAGUAUGCCUGAUUGGCUGAAAGGUUUGGUGGGCACUUCAUUUACUGAUGAAAACAACCUAAUGGAUUUGAUUCUCCUCUGGACUGAAGAUUUUUCCACAUCAGUUCCAGUGCAGAUUAACAGUUUCUGGGAUGUUCUGGACUUGUAUAGCCGUGGAUACCACAGUCUUGUCAAGCUGGUCGCCCUGAUCAGAAACUACGUGGAGGAUCCCAUCGCUCAGUAUGAGCUGGACAACCUGCAGAAAACACUGAGAGAAAAUAUGAACCCGAACCUAUUUGGAUCAUUUGGGCAAAAGAGUCCAGAGAGAAAGAAGCAGCUGUUUGAGCAGUGGAGUCAGGAAAUACUGAAGCCCAUCCAGACCUGGAGCCAGAGUCUGCAGGAGGGACCGUUCAAAGAGUCUGUCUCCUGGUUGAUCCAAAAAGUCCUCCCUCUGAUUGGCAGAUGGGACUGGGGAAAAACUCCAAACUUCCUCUACCAAUAUCCAAAUGCUAUGGUGCCGUCGUGCCUCAGGUCUAAAGAGCACAUCCACCUGACGGACGCUGGCAUUAUGCUCAAUAUGCCUUUCCCUCCCUUCCUGGGAGACAAGAGAGACACAGACCUGCUCAUCGCUUUGGACUUCAGUGCUGGGGAUGUGUUUGAGACUGUGACUCUGGCCAGAGACUAUGCAGCCAAGGUGAACAAGCCUUUCCCAGAGAUAGAUGACAAAGUCCUGGAGGACAAAGACUGGCCCAAAGACUGCUACGUGUUCCAGGGAGAGGGGAAGCAGCCCACCAUCGUUUACAUGCCACUCUUCAACAGAAACAACUGCAAAGAUGCAGAAGAGGUGCGGCAGAGGAUGAAGGAGUUCUCCACCUUUCAGCUUCCCUUCAACCAGGAGAAGAUCAGCUCCCUGUUGGAGAUCGCUAAAGACAACAUGAAGAACAACAAGGAAACCAUCCUGAGGGAGAUCAGCAAGGCUGUUGAACGCAGACAGAACAAGAGGUAGGGCUCUUAAAAAUCUGG